UCUUUGUUACUCCAGGGAGCGGAGAGUUAUAUUAUCUGAGGUUGUUGUUGAAUAUAAUCAAAGGUCCAAUUUCUUAUGAUGAACUAAGAAUUGACCAUUCCACUUUUAGAGAUGCAUGUUAUGCACUUGGUUUGUUGGAUGACGACAAAGAGUAUUUCGAUGCUAUAAAGGAGGCCAGUAACUAGGGAAUGCCAUCUUAUCUUAGACAAUUAUUUGUCAUGUUGUUGUUAUCAAAUUCAAUGUCACGACCAGAAUUUGUUUGGCAAGCAUCAUGGCGGUUAUUGUCAGACGAUAUCCUUCAUGAAGUAAGAACAUUAUUGGAUAACUCAGAGGUAGAGCUUACAGAUGAUGAAUUGAAAAAUCACUGCUUGCAAAAGAUGGAGAGGACUUUAAAAGGUUGUGGAAAAAGUUUUAAUGAUUUUCCAACAAUGCCAAGACCAGAUUACAGUGAGCAAGACGUUGAUGGUGCCAACAGACUAAUUAAUGAGGAAUUGCGCUAUAACAAACGCUCUUUGACACAGGAACAUCAACAAUUAGUGAUGAAAUUAACAGCUGAACAGAAGUGUGUGUAUGAUAAAAUCAUGACUGCAGUGAACCAAGACAGAGGGGGGUUAUUCUUUUUAUAUGGUCAUGGUGGAACUGGAAAAACAUUUAUGUGGAAAACAUUGUCUUCUGGCGUACGAUCUAAAGGUGAUAUAGUGAUAAAUGUUGCUUCAAGUGGUAUUGCGUCUCUUUUGUUAUCAGGAGGUCGGACUGCUCAUUCGAGAUUUGCAAUUCCUUUAAAUCCAACUAAAGAUUCAACAUGCAAUAUAAAUCAAGGUAGUCCUUUGGCAAAGUUGAUUGUUAAGGCGAAGUUGGUCAUCUGGAAUGAGGCACCAAUGAUGCAUAGAUACUGUUUUGAAGCUCUUGAUCGAACUCUUAGAGAUAUUCUAAGAUUUAAAGAUCCAUCAAAUUUAGAUCGACCAUUUGGAGGUAAAACAAUAGUACUUGAAGGUGACUUCAGACAAAUCUUGCCAGUAAUUACAAAAGGUACUAGGCAAGAGAUUGUUAAUGCAACUCUAAAUUCUUCAGAUUUGUGGCCCCAAUGUCAGGUUUUAAAGCUAACAAAGAAUAUGAGAUUGCAAGGAAGUCUAUCAGGUGCAGAUUUGGAUGAUUUAAAACAGUUUUCUGAUUGGAUUUUGGCAAUAGGUGAUGGAAAAAUUGGAUGUUCCAUUGAUGGCAUUGAGAAAAUAGAAAAACCCGAUGAUCUUCUCAUACAUAAUUGUGAUGAUCCGAUAUCUGGAAUUGUAGAAAGUACAUAUUCUGAUUACUUGAUACAUUCCACUGAUAUAAAAUACCUUCAAGAAAGAGCAAUUCUUGCUCCGACUCUUCAGAUGGUGGAAUCGGUGAAUGAUUACAUGGUUUCCCUCAACCAUAGUCAGGAUAAAUCAUAUUUAAGUUCGGAUACAAUUUGUAUGGCUGAUAAUGCAUUUACAUCUUUGGAGCAUGUACAUACACCUGAAUUCCUAAAUAGUAUUAAAUGUUCAGGUAUUCCAAAUCACUCCAUCAUUUUGAAGGUAGGUGUUCCUGUCAUGUUGUUAAGAAAUAUAGAUCAAUCGGCAGGAUUGUGUAAUGGCACAAGAUUGAUAAUCACAAGACUUGGAAAUCGGGUAAUUGAAGCCAAAGUAUUAUCAGGAAAAAUAGCUGGAGACAAAGUUUUUAUCCCAAGAAUGACACUUACUCCAUCCGAUGCAAGAAUUCCUUUUAAGUUCCAAAGAAGGCAAUUUCCAGUCAUUGUAUCUUUUGCCAUGACCAUCAAUAAAAGCCAAGGUCAAUCAUUGUGUAAUGUGGGAUUAUUUUUUAAUAAGCCGGUGUUUACUCAUGGACAACUGUAUGUUGCAUUUUCUCGGGUAACAAAUAGAAAAGGGUUGAAGAUCUUAUGUUAUGAUGAAGAUGGAAAAAUAACAAAUGAAGCUACAAAUGUAGUGUAUAAAGAAGUUUUCCGUAAUUAAGAGGGUAGAAAUUUUCAUUGAAUAAGUAUCAAAUGAGUAGCAACAAGAAGUUCAAUGUACAUAUGCAAAAUAUAGUUGUGCAUC